CAGCAGCAAAUAUCACAACAAUAUGCAACUCAUUCGCCUGCAAAUAAACAACGUCAAUAUCCACUUCGUAUUUCAACACGAUCCGACACAUCAUCACUAUUAUCUGAUGUUGAAUUACUUAAUCCUUAUGCAAAUAUCAAUUCAGUGCUAUACCUCGCAAAUUUGACACGAAAUUCACAUAUUUUGAAUGAAAUACGGGAAGACAUUGGUGGAAUGGAUAUAGAUGAACGGGAAAAUGAAUUUGUGGGUGGGGUGAUAGAAAAUUCAAUAACAAAUUUAAAUGAAAAUCUCGGUGGUAACAUGUCAGCAAUUCAUGCAUCACUUAAUGUUAUGGGUCAUUGUCCCAAUAGUAUCGAAGGUAUAAAUAAACAUGAUAAUCAUGGUGACCGUGAUAAUAAGCAAGAUUUUGGAAUGGCAUCUGGAUAUCAAUCUAUUAAUGCUGUUUUAAGGGAGGCUUUUUUGAGAAGGCAUGGAUUAAAUUCGCAAAGCUAA